AUGACCAAGGCGGCAUCGGUGAGAAGAGAGAAAAUGUCUGUCUCCCUCUCCCCCAGCAGUGCCCUCGGCUUCAGGAGACCACUCACUCAACUUGUCAAACGCUCUCUCAUCAUCACCAAUAACAACACCCAACCUGUCGCCUUCAAGGUCAAGACAACCGCCCCAAAGUUGUACUGCGUACGACCCAAUUCUGGCCGUGUAGAAGCAGGCGAACAUGUAGAGGUUUCUGUCAUGCUUCAGGCUCUCAAGGAAGAGCCUCCAUUAAACACAAAAUGCAAAGAUAAGUUCCUCAUUCAGAGCACCAUCAUCACCCCCGACAAAGAGACAAUGACGCUCCACGACAUCUGGGCUAGCCCGGAUACCAACGAAGAGGGAAAAGUGCACCAGCAGAAGCUGCGCGUAACGUAUUUGCCUCCAGAGGGCCAGGUGCUGGAAGAGGAAGACGAGAACGUGGGGCCGCCGAACAUUGUGUCUGUCAUCGGGGGCCACGAGUCGGACAUCGAUACUGUUCGGCAGGACCACAACGGCCAUGAGGCCAGCAACGACGUCAUUCAACCAGUUCCACUGGAACAGCCCCGUCGGUCGAUAACCCCUCCGCCACACGACUAUGGCAUGGCUCGCGAGGAGUCGCAGGAGGCUCCUGCCUACGACGAGUCCAUCACACAAGAACACGAGCCCCCUCAUAGACCUGAAACCCCGGUCCACCUCCACGAGACCCCCGUUAUUAUUACACAUGAACUGGCGCCCGCUGAGGAGACGCCCGAGGUCACCGUCCAGCAAGAGCCCGUGUUGAUGCCUGCCUCUGUCUCAGCUCCCCCUGCCAUCAUUGUUAGGGAGAAUCCUGUGAAUGAAGAGCUUUACGCGAAAUUCAGGGAUGCGGAGCGGGAGAUCGACCGUCUACGAUCGACGAUUGCGACGAUGGCGGCGGCGCCUCCGCAGCUACGGCAGAGGACAAGAGCGCUGUCUGACAGCGGCAGCACCGCGGAAACCGAUAUUCAAACUAUGGGGCCACUACAACAAGAAGGCGUUCCUCUGCAGGUGGUUGUGAUCAUCGCACUUGGCGUGUUUAUCACGACAUACCUUUUCUUUUGAAGAUUAAGGAUGCGCGAUAUUGUUUAUUCAAACAUGCAUAUUUUUCUCUUCUCGGUUCCAUUUUUCUUGUCUUUCUUCUGUAUGUGGUGAGAACAAUUUUGAUACAUUUCCGUCUCACAUGUUACAAUAAAAGUCCGUUCCCUACUUACCGACAACACGCUAUUUAUUUUUUGGUUUCCACCUAUAUCUCAGUCCUAGUGAUACCUUUCUCUUAGUACAAGUAACGCGACUAAUAUGACGCGCGCCCACUGCGGCGCAGUUGGUCUUUGGAUUGUGGACGAGA